AUGGGGAUGACGGAAGAGGAAGAGGAAGAGGAAAAGGAAAAGGAAGUGGAGGAAAAGGAAGUGGAGGGAAAGGAAGUGGAGGGAAAGGAAGUGGAGGGAAAGGAAGUGGAGGGAAAGGAAGUGGAAGAAAAGGAAGUGGAAGAAAAGGAAGUGGAGGAAGAGGAGGAAGAAGAGGAGGAGGAAGAAGAGGAGGAGGAAGAGGAGGAGGAGGAAGAGGAGGAGGAGGAAGAGGAGGAGGAGGAAGAGGAGGAGGAGGAAGAGGAGGAGGAGGAAGAGGAGGAGGAAAGGGAACCACCACCACCACCACCACCACCACCACCACCACCACCACCACAUCCUCAUCCUCAUCCUCCCCCUCCCGCGCUUGUGAAAACCAUCGGCAGAAGUAUCCAGCACUUGGAUGCAGGCAACAUGUCCGGAGAGGAGAGGAGAGGAGAGGAGAGGAGACAACAACAGGACGGCAGCGGCGGUGUCGGGCAGAGCGCCAGGAAUAGCCGGCGCGCCGCUAUUAGCCACGCAAAUAGAAUACAAAUGCGCGCGCCCAGGCGAGAGCCGGGCAGAGCCGCGGGCUCAUUAACGCGCCGGCGGCCGGCAGCGGCAGCGGACGCCUAA